CGAGUCCUGUCACUUCAUUAGUUCAUCAGUCCUCUUGCUUUCUCCUCCUCAGACGAAGACUAACCUUUGAAUUCAGCAAUAUUCCGUUCAUACUGCUUUUAGUUUUCUUUGGCAAGAUCAGAUACCCCCAUGGCGCGGCAGUGCAGUUCGUCCAUCCAGAAGCAUCGGGCGAGUCUUCAUGCCGGAUUGCCCGUCCUACCCCAUGGAAUUCUGCAGUUCUUCAGACUUCACAUUACAUAGACACUUAUAAGUGCGUGCCAUCAUGCCACAGCUUUCAUGCAUUGCCAGUUUGCCACCAGCUCGCUCACCACGCACAGACGGCCAGCCAGCUGACUCGUUUCUCCGGUCUCUAUCAUGGCGCUCAGUCUCCUCCACCUCGCCUUGCUAACCAUGGCCUCAUCACUGCUCACGCCCGCACCACCCGCGCUCGUCUCAGCAUCCAACGCCACGGCCACCGCCGACCUCUCGGCGCUCCUCGCCUUCAAGGACAGGCUUUCCGACCCUGGCGGCGUCCUCCGCGGCAACUGGACGCCCGGCACGCCGUACUGCAGCUGGGUCGGCGUCUCCUGCAGCCACCGCCACAGGCUGCGCGUCACGGCGCUGGCGCUCCCCGGCGUGCGGCUGGCCGGCGCGCUGGCUCCCGAGCUCGGCAACCUGACUUUCCUCUCCAUCCUCAACCUCAGCGACGCCGCACUCACGGGGCACGUUCCAACCAGUCUCGGCACCCUGCCACGCCUCCUUUCCCUCGACCUCUCCAGCAAUUAUCUCACGGGCACCGUCCCGGCUUCGUUUGGCAACCUCACCACACUCGAGAUCCUCGAUCUCGACUCCAACAAUCUCACCGGUGAAAUCCCACACGAGCUGGGCAAUCUGCAGAGCGUCGGGUUUCUUAUUCUCAGCGGGAAUGACCUGAGUGGACCAUUGCCCCAGGGCUUGUUCAACGGAACGUCUCAAUCUCAGCUGAGCUUUUUCAACCUCGCAGACAACAGCCUGACAGGGAACAUUCCUAGUGCCAUUGGCUCCUUUCCAAACCUUCAGUUCCUCGAGCUGUCGGGGAACCAGCUUUCAGGGCAGAUCCCGUCCUCACUGUUCAACAUGUCCAACCUGAUAGGGCUGUACCUCUCCCAGAACGAUCUCUCAGGAUCAGUGCCACCAGACAACCAGAGCUUCAACCUCCCCAUGUUGGAGCGCUUGUAUCUCAGCAAAAAUGAGCUCGCCGGCACGGUGCCACCGGGCUUUGGGUCGUGCAAGUACCUGCAGCAGUUCGUUUUGGCAUACAACCGCUUCACCGGCGGAAUACCGCUGUGGUUGUCAGCCUUACCUGAGUUGACGCAGAUCUCCCUAGGUGGCAACGACCUUGCCGGCGAGAUCCCGAGCGUCUUGAGCAACAUCACCGGCCUCACCGUACUAGACUUCACCACGAGUGGGUUGCAUGGGGAGAUCCCGCCGGAGCUGGGCCGGUUGGCGCAGCUGCAGUGGCUCAACCUGGAAAUGAACAGCUUGACAGGUAUCAUUCCGGCCUCCAUCCAGAACAUUUCUAUGCUCUCCAUCCUUGACAUAUCCUACAACUCCCUGACUGGACCUGUGCCACGAAAAUUAUUUGGGGAAUCUCUCACCGAGCUCUACAUCGAUGAGAAUAAGCUCAGUGGAGAUGUCGGUUUCAUGGCCGACUUGUCAGGUUGCAAGAGCCUCAGAUACAUCGUCAUGAACAACAAUUACUUCACUGGUAGCUUCCCCAGCUCUAUGAUGGCCAACCUCUCCUCCCUUGAGAUCUUUCGGGCAUUUGAGAACCAAAUAACAGGACACAUCCCUAACAUGUCGAGCAGCAUCUCGUUUGUUGAUCUUCGUAACAACCAAUUAAGCGGGGAAAUUCCACAAUCAAUCACAAAAAUGAAGAGCCUUAGAGGUCUUGACUUGUCUAGCAAUAAUUUGUCUGGGAUUAUCCCGAUACACAUCGGCAAAUUGACAAAGCUGUUUGGCUUGAGCCUGUCCAACAACAAACUCAAUGGCCUUAUACCAGAUAGCAUUGGAAACCUGAGCCAGCUACAAGAAUUAGGAUUAUCAAAUAACCAAUUCACUUCAUCAAUACCCCUGGGGCUAUGGGGCCUUGAGAAUAUUGUGAAACUUGAUCUCUCUCGCAAUGCCUUGAGUGGCUCUUUCCCGGAAGGUAUUGAGAAUCUGAAAGCAAUAACUUUGUUGGACCUUUCUUCCAACAAACUCCAUGGAAAAAUACCCCCUUCACUGGGAGUGCUCAGUACACUGACCAACCUAAAUUUAUCAAAGAACAUGCUCCAAGAUCAAGUACCAAAUGCAAUUGGCAACAAGCUAAGCAGCAUGAAAACAUUGGAUCUUUCAUACAACUCACUGUCUGGUACAAUUCCAAAGUCCUUCGCCAAUCUCAGCUAUCUCACAAGCCUGAAUCUAUCUUUCAAUAAACUGUAUGGACAAAUCCCAAAUGGCGGUGUGUUCUCAAACAUCACUCUACAGUCGUUGGAAGGGAACACUGCACUAUGUGGCCUGCCACACCUUGGGUUCCCACUCUGCCAAAAUGAUGAGUCCAACCAUCGCCAUCGAUCUGGUGUCAUAAAAUUUAUACUUCCAAGUGUUGUAGCAGCGAUAGUAAUAGGAGCUUGCUUGUUCAUCCUGAUCAGAACUCAUGUGAACAAGAGGUCAAAGAAGAUGCCAGUCGCUAGCGAGGAGGCGAACAACUACAUGACAGUCUCCUACUUUGAGCUUGCACGUGCCACAAAUAAUUUUGACAAUGGUAACCUGCUAGGAACUGGAAGCUUUGGCAAAGUAUUCAGAGGCAUACUAGAUGAUGGGCAGAUCGUCGCGAUAAAAGUCCUAAACAUGGAACUGGAAAGAGCUACUAUGAGCUUUGAUGUUGAGUGUCGUGCACUUCGUAUGGCUCGACAUCGAAACCUGGUUAGGAUACUCACCACCUGCUCCAAUCUUGACUUCAAGGCACUAGUGCUCCCGUACAUGCCAAAUGAGAGCCUAGAAGAAUGGCUGUUUCCUAGUAACCACCGUCGUGGGCUAGGAUUGUCCCAGAGGGUGAGCAUCAUGUUAGAUGUGGCUCAGGCAUUGGCUUACCUUCACCAUGAGCACUUGGAGGCAGUCCUGCAUUGUGACCUCAAGCCAAGCAAUGUGUUGCUUGAUCAAGAUAUGACGGCUUGCGUAGCCGACUUUGGCAUCGCAAGGUUGUUGUUGGGCGAUGAUACUUCCAUAGUUUCGAGGAACAUGCAUGGAACAAUUGGCUAUAUGGCACCAGAGUAUGCUUCCACCGGUAAAGCAUCAAGGAAGAGUGAUGUUUUCAGCUAUGGGAUAAUGCUUCUUGAAGUAGUCACUGGUAAGAAGCCCACUGACGCCAUGUUCAGCGAAGAGCUAAGCCUGAGGGAGUGGGUCAGCCAAGCUAUUCCGACAAGACUUGCUGAUGUCGUGGACCAUAACAUCCUUCUUCUAGAUGAGGAGGCGGCAACAAGCAGUGGAGAUGUCCAACGCGCCGGCUGGUCAUCCAGCGCCUGGAGCUGCCUAGCACAGAUAUUGGACUUGGGUUUACGGUGCUCAUGUGACUUGCCUGAGGAGAGGGUGUCAAUGAAGGAUGUCGCUCCCAAGCUCGCAAGGAUCAAAGAGAGUUUAGUAUCCUCUCGAUGAUUGAAAGCAGCCAUGUAUCUCUCAAACUUCCUGAACAAUUUGUUCAAAAUAAAAAUCCUGAACAGUACUGUAAAGUUAA